AUGUCCGUCGGCUUUGGGUUCUCUGUCGGAGACUUCCUCGCCGCCCUUCGCCUCGUUGGAACAGUCAUCGACGCGCUCCGCGAAUCGUCCAGUGCCUCCAGCGACUAUCGGGACCUUCUCAAUGAGCUCCUUCACCUUGAGACCGCGCUUAUACAUGUCAAACGUGUCGAGCUGGACGAGUCACAGUAUGCAGAGAAGGUCGCACUUCGGCAGGCUGCCGCACAAUGUCAGAGGACGAUUGAUGAGUUCUGGAAGAGGAUUCAAGCAUACCAGUCCCACUUGAGAGAUGGUGGGACUGGUUCGAGAGUGAAAGAUGGUUGGGUGAAAAUCAAGUGGGCAUUAUGUAAGAAGGACGACUUGGAGAAGUUCAAGGCGAACUUGAGAGGCCAUACAAGUUCCAUUGAGAUCUUGCUGGUUACGGUGCAGAUGAAUCUUACGUCUAUACGGGCACGUCAGCAGGAUCAGCGGAACAAAACUCUCGCUGGGAAGAUAGAAGAUCUGUCAUGUCAAUGGAUGACGAGACUGUCAACAUUAACAAAUAGUGUGGCGCAAAGUGUCCAGCAGGGGAAGCUCCUUCUUGAAUCGAGCGCAAAAGUCCUUCAGAUGAAUCUUCGGAUAUUCCAAAUGGUGUAUGACAUUCAGCAAUUCAUUUUCCGGUUACCAACCCAGGUUCAGCGGCAGCAGCCAGUAUAUAUGAUCGAUGCUUUCGGGAGGGAGAGUCCGUUUCAUCUCGAAUUCGUGCGAUUGGCAGAGGCUUUAAUCGCUAUUCUCAAGGUGAAUCUCAAGGCUAGUGGUUGCGGGCCAGCAAUGAUUGACAGAGGCGCAUUUGCCAUUCGGAAGGCAGGAAUGCAGAGUGAUGUUGAUCUUCAAGCGGAUUGGGAUACUUGUUUCUUUCCUGGAGACCGAGUGGCUAUGAGCAUGGUCUUCAAUAGCCUAUCGAGGGGAACUUCAUGUCCAUCCUGCGGUUGCAGGUCUUCGGUGCCCGCUAUCAUUAUGGACUUCAUUCCCCUUAUGAGGCUGAUGUCUUGCAGUUCAAACUGUGGCACUACUUUCCAACGCGUUACCGAGUUAACGCGGACAAUGCAACCAUCUUUCCUACCCCUUUUUCAGAAGAAUGAGCCCCCAGAGGAAUUCCAAGAUUUCCCAGGGUGGAUGACCGCGUGGCGGGUCCGCGCACCGCUGCGAAAAAGGGCGCGAGGAGAUGAGGAGGCAUCCAAUAUUCGGAAGUUCCGGCGGGUGCGUUUGAUGAAUCCCAAGCUCGCGAUCAAACGCUGCGAGGUGUUCGCCUUCAGAGACGAGGGCUGGAUUAAAAGAGGCGCUGGUAAUGUUACAGUGCGAUCUAUAAAUGUGAACACUGUGAUUAUGUGGAUGAAUUCCGCGAGUCAGCUUAUGUCAAUCCAUUUCGAGAAGAAAAUGGAUUGUGCAAAUGUUUGGUCAGCUGAUUUCCUCUGUUUUGUCCUAAAUUUCCAAUUUUAA